CUCUUGUGUAGCCUUCCUACAAUAAUAAAACCAAGUUAUGUCGCGGGGCAGGGACCCUUUGGCACUGAGCCAGGUAAUUGGUGAUGUGUUGGAUCCUUUCGUAAAGUCAGCUGCCAUGAGGAUUAAUUAUGGUGAGAAGGAGAUUACAAAUGGCACUGGGGUACGAUCAUCUGCCGUGCUCAAUGCACCACAGGUGGAGAUUGAAGGUCGUGACCGGACGAAGCUCUACACACUUAGUUGUGCUCUGGCUCCUCUAUAAGGUAUGCAACUGCCUCUUUUGUCUUUAUCUCAAUGCUAAGAUAGAAAUGUCCCAUCUUAUAAGGUUAUGGUGGAUCCUGACGCGCCAAGUCCAAGCAAACCGGAAUACAGGGAAUAUUUGCAUUGGAUUGGAAUGCAGCCCUCUCAAAAAAGGAGGGGGGUGUUUCUUUUCCAUCCAUCAACAGCUGAGGAACUCUUGUUCUGUAUGCUAUUGGGUUGGUGACAGACAUCCCAGAGGCAACAGAUGCACGUUUUGGGAGCACGGCAGACAGUUUAUGCACCAGGAUGGCGGCAAAAUUUUAACAUCAGAGACUUCUCAGCAUUUUACAAUCUUGGACCACCGGUUGCUGCAUUAUUCUUCAACUGCCAAAAGGAGAGUGGUGUUGGUGGCAGAAGGUUCCAAGGACCAGGCUGAGGGAUGGAUGCAGGAGGGCUCUAGAACAAGGCAGCACCAUUUUCAGAAACUAUAUAGUCCACCAAAGAAGGGCGGGCCUGGCACAGUGGUAGAGUCUCUCCACUUGUGGCCUGGAGGUCCUGGGUUCAAACCAGCCUCCUUGCAGAAUUAUUAUGCAAGGGUAAGGCUGUCUAGAAAUUCCCUUCCCCAGACCCCACCUUGUGUGGGAGCUUUCAGCACUGGGUACACCCUUUUUAUAUAGUCCACCAAAGCUUUUGAGUUUGACAGCCCAUAUAGCACCAGUUAACAAUCCAGUAGUCCAGCAAUUGAUUCAUAUCAUAUGAAACAAAGUAUCAUCCGAGUUCUCAUAUAUCACAUCUCUAAAUAUAAAAAUUAAUAUUAUGUUUUAUGAUGUUUUUUUAACUUAGUUUAUGAUGUUCACAUUAGCAAUUGUGAGUGUAAGUGUGAUCAGCUGUCGUGGAGCUUAGUGCAGGGUCAAAGUAAAUUAGAGUGAGAUUACUACCAGUAUCUCUCUUUUGUACAUACUUUGCAAUCCCAU